GUUGUAUUUGAUGACGGCGGGGGUGUGCAACCUUGUGUUUGACGGGCUUCUUCUCGAACUGGUGGCUCAUUGGAGUCAUCCAACUUUUUCCUUCCAAUGGAGAGUCAUUCUCGAUACUUUGGCAGUCUGGCGCCUUUGUCCUCAUCCAGACUCCUCUUUUCAUCGUCUUUGACUCCUCAGGGGAGUCAUACUAUAUGCCUUGGCUCGGCUUGGCUCGGCUUGGCUCCGCUCGCCUCACCGCGGAACUACCAAGGCCAGUUCCGCGCCAACGCCACCUACAAGCGAGCGCUGCCCGGCCUCAACGCCGCUGCGGUGGGUCUCCUGUGUGCGGCCCUGGUGCAGAUGGGCGCGGCGGUGCGGGAGAAGAAUACGAAGCCCUUGGGACCGAGCCUGGGACAGGAAGAACUCGAAGUUCUGAGGUUCUGA